AUGGUUGAGGAAGCCCCCAGAUAUGACCUGGUGUUUGUCCAAAAGGAGCUCUCCAAAGUGAACAGGUUGCUUCAGAUGAAGGAAAGUCUCGUAUACAGAGACCAGCUGAUGAGCAGCAGCAGGGAUGUGAAGCUGCAGUCCAACACUGAUGUUCAGUCUAACACUGAUGUUCAGUCCAACACUUAUGUUCAGUCUAACGCUGAAGUUCAGUCCAACACUGAUGUUCAGUCUAACACUGAUGUUCAGUCCAACACUGAUGUUCAGUCCAACACUGAUGUUCAGUCUAACACUGAUGUUCAGUCCAACACUGAUGUUCGGUCCAACACUUAUGUUCGGUCUAACACUGAUGUUCGGUCUAACACUGAUGUUCGGUCUAACACUGAUGUUCAGUCUGACACUGAUGUUCAGUCCAACACUGAUGUUCAGUCUAAAACUGAUGUUCAGUCUAACACUGAUGUUCAGUCCAACGCUGAUAUUCGGUCUAACACUGAUGUUCGGUCUAACACUGAUGUUCGGUCUAACACUGAUGUUCAGUCCAACACUGAUGUUCAGUCUAAAACUGAUGUUCAGUCUAAAACUGAUGUUCAGUCUAACACUGAUAUUCGGUCUAACACUGAUGUUCAGUCCAACACUGAUGUUCGGUCUAACACUGAUGUUCGGUCUAACACUGAUGUUCGGUCUAACACUGAUGUUCGGUCCAACACUGAUGUUCGGUCUAACACUGAUGUUCGGUCUAACACUGAUGUUCGGUCCAACACUGAUGUUCGGUCUAACACUGAUGUUCGGUCCAACACUGAUGUUCGGUCUAACACUGCUGUUCGGUCCAACACUGCUGUUCGGGCUAACACUUAUGUUCAGUCUAACACUGAUGUUCAGUCCAACACUGAUGUUCAGUCCAACACUGAUAUUCGGUCUAACACUGAUGUUCGGUCUAACACUGAUGUUCGGUCUAACACUGCUGUUCGGUCCAACACUGAUGUUCGGUCUAACACUUAUGUUCGGUCUAACACUGAUAUUCGGUCUAACACUGAUGUUCAGUCUAACACUGAUGUUCAGUCUAACACUGAUGUUCAGUCCAACACUGAUAUUCGGUCCAACACUGAUAUUCGGUCUAACACUGAUGUUCGGUCCAACACUGAUGUUCGGUCCAACACUGAUGUUCGGUCUAACACUGAUGUUCGGUCUAACACUGAUAUUCGGUCUAACACUGAUGUUCAGUCUAACACUGAUGUUCAGUCUAACACUGAUGUUCAGUCCAACACUGAUAUUCAGUCCAACACUGAUGUUCAGUCCAACACUGAUGUUCAGUCCAACACUGAUAUUCGGUUUAACACUGAUGUUCGGUCUAACACUGAUGGUCAGUCCAACACUGAUAUUCGGUCUAACACUGAUGUUCGGUCUAACACUGAUGUUCGGUCCAACACUGAUGUUCAGUCUAACACUGAUGUUCAGUCCAACACUGAUGUUCGGUCUAACACUGAUGUUCGGUCUAACACUGAUGUUCGGUCUAACACUUAUGUUCGGUCUAACACUGAUAUUCGGUCUAACACUGAUGUUCAGUCCAACACUGAUGUUCGGUCCAACACUGAUGUUCGGUCCAACACUGAUGUUCGGUCCAACACUGAUGUUCGGUCUAACACUGAUGUUCGGUCUGACACUGAUGUUCGGUCUAACACUGACGUUCGGUCUAACACUGAUGUUCAGUCUAACACUGAUAUUCGGUCUAACACUAAUGUUCAGUCCAACACUGAUGUUCAGUCUAACACUGAUGUUCAGUCCAACACUUAUGUUCAGGCAGGAGGUGGAGACCUAGAAGUUCUUGGGAUGGACCAUGGACCCCAGACUGGACUGGAGAUCCACCACAGAUGCUGUGGACAGGAAGGGGAUGAGCAGGCUCUACUUCUGGAGACCAUUCACCGCUGGAUUAGACACUUCCUGGCAUCAGGAGCAGAAAAAGAGGACCACAUCAUCGUCCUCAGAGCCAGAUAUGAUCCAGGAUCCAGGAAGCCUGACGUGGAUGCCAGUGCAGCUCACAGGAUGAACCCGCUAGCUGCCCUCAACAUUGACCGCAACACUUUGGUGGGGGACAACCCCCGCCCCCACGGAGGCCUAUUCUACCCUGGCAUCCAUUCUCUUUCCAGACAAAAGCCCCAAGAGCCCGGUACCUCCGUCCCACUUGGGUGUGAGCUCCUGUACAAGCCUGAUGUAACCUUAUUGGAAGGUCAGAAAUCUGUGAACGGAUACGUUGGACUUUAUAAAAGCCCCCUUCCAGGGCUGCAGAAGCCUCUGCUUGUCUCCACUGCAGAAAGUGAUGGCCUGGGACUGGACCGCCGAGUUGUACCUAUUGACAAGCAGUCAGAACUGGGCUUGAAUGGUGCUGGUGGCUUUUUGAGAGUGCCCUGGAUCAGCCCAUACAUGGAUGCUUCAGUGUACCCCUUCCUGGACAUGGCAUACAAGGCCUCCUUUCUGUCUCAGCCAUCCCCCUUCCUCCAGCAACAGCUGGCAUAUCAGUCUCUGUGUACCACUGGAGGCAACACUCCUGGAGAAGAAAGACUGUUCUACAUGCCUCCUUAUGCCCCGGUUCAUAUCUCUUCCUCACUGGGUCCUCCUAUCAGGAUGUCUACAGCCACUCCAGCCUCUGCUGUCCUUUCACCCCUGUCCCACUGCCAGGACAAGGCCUUGCAGGGACUUGUGCCACAGUUGCAUCAAGAACCCUCUGCUUUCACCACCGGCCCUCAAAUCCACCAGGAGCCUCAGGUUCAAGUUGCUCACCAUAAUGAGCGACAACAUAGCAACAACAAUGGCGUAAAGCCCAGUCAGACCAGUUCUACCAAGCAUACUCUUGGCAAAAGCAGCAGUGCUCACAUUACCACUUUAGCUAGUUCUGCUGCAUUAGAUUCUACCCCAGUUUCCCAAACUUCCUGUUCCAUUCCCCUUACCCAAACCUUCAAAAACACCACUGCAGACCUCCAGAAGUCCCUUUAUAGGAGGAACUCCUCAUCCUCAACCUCAUUUUCAGUGUCUCAUCACUUCUGCUUGAGCCCCCAGCACAGCCCUUCAACAAAUUCAGUCGGCAACAAAACCAAAGAUGCCAGUUCAGACAGCAGUAAAUCAGACAAAUGUAUUGCACUUGCAAAGGCAUCAGUGGACAAAGCUGUACCUCAAAAGGCUACCAAAAACCAAGGAGAAAAACCUUUGGAUUUGUCUGCCAAAGAAUUUGAAAAACUUCCAAAUGGGUUUCCAUCCAAAGCAGAAGCACUAACCAAGAUGGGGUAUUUGCCAACAUCUCCUUACAGGCUGGUAGCCAAUCAGGACCAGCGCCUCAAAGAAGGUCCUCCACCUGUUAGUGCAUCAGUUAAGACUCCCGAUCAAGAAAUGAGCUGCACCUCAUCCUCUACAGGGGUUGCUCCUGGUCCCAACUGCUCUAAAUCUUUAAAGAAAAACAGUACAGACAGUGCUCAUAAUCCAGAGCAGCCCUCAGGCUCAACUGUGUCCACAGCGGCAGAGGUAAUCAAUAUUACCAGUCCGGCCUCAGGAUCUCUUUCCCCAAAUCCUAAAGCUGGAUGGUCACGAGUUCAUCCAGCUGACUCAGAGAAAAGAGGCAAAGAGGAAUCUCGCUCUGGAAAACAGAGCACACAACCUGCUCAGCCUGAGGCUCAAGAAGGUCAGUCUAGUCCUCCAGAGCAGCAGCAGUCACACAAAGAAAACAAAAACACCCUCAGACAAAUUUAUGGGGACUCUUACCUCCCUCCUGGCUUAGGAUACACUAACCGCUACAUUCCAUACUCGGUUGCAGAGAAUAUGUCGGUGCAGGGAAUGUCAAUACCAGGUAAAGCACCUGUGUACCCCCAUCCACUUUUACUUGGCAGCAGCAGGUUUUACCCAUCUCACAUUGCACCAAAACACAUCCUCCCAUAUGGAGUGCAGCCACAUCAAAGUACCCAGGAAAUGGCCCCAACUUCCAUGUUGAGUUACCCAGGUCCUAACAACAAGGAACAACUUCAAAACAGGUCUAUGACUCUUGACAAAUUCUGGAAUGCAGAACUGUCUGGGAACCAGGAAAGGCCGGAUGCAGACAGCUCCCACAAGAGUGACAAUGAUAAAGAAAAAAGUCUGAAAAAAACCUUAAAGGCUUCGGAUAAAAGUCGCUCUUCUGUCAGAGACGAUAUUGUUUGCAUUGACCUUGUGCGUGACGAGACGGAUGAUGAUAUUUUUUCCUCCAACAACUCCACGUGUAUCAGAAAAGAAAAUUCCACCAAGCAUACCAACAGUGGAGGUAACCUCAUCCAGGACAGAGGGCCAUGGCCUCCAAAUACCCUCCAUCUGAGCCAGAUACCACACACUCCCCUUUGUGACAACCCUUCAUCACCUCUUUUUACUGGCCAGGAGGCCUCUGAAGAGGGGGAGCCUCUAAGUCCUUUUCCAAACAUCCUAGAAGAGCAGUCAAUGCGGUGUGCCAGAACUUCUCCAUGGCAGUUUUCUAGAAAUUGUAAAGCUAGACCAUCUGGUUGUUCCAGGGACUUAAUAAUGGGUGUUACUUGUGGUGAAAAUAGCACUCCAACUGAAAUGAAAGGAGAGGUUACUGGAAAAACAAAUGUCCAACCUCAACAAACUCUUUCCAAAAAUGGAAACUCAUUGGUUCCUGUUGUCAGUGAAAGUUCUAGGGACUUCACCACCAACAGCGCAGAAGUCCAUUGUAUAGUCUCAAACCCCAAAACUCCAGCUAAUGGGGAUGGAUGUCCUUCAGAAAUCCCAGCAAGCGGCAGUAAGGACCCAGCAUGUAGAGAUUUCAGUCCUCAGGUCCAGCCAUACCAGAAUUUUAAUCCCACAGUUCCAGCUGGGAGAUUCCCAGACUCAAGGCCAUCACUUUUUGCCAGCAUCAACCCCAGUGGCCCCGCAUGUAAUGCAGAUGCAAACAGUCCAGAUUUCAACAGAAACUUUGUGGAACCUUGUUGCAGGGAUUACAGAUCACCAACAUGUGAACCCAGAAUUUUCAGUUGUCCAGUUCGUGGAAUUGGAAACCCUGUGUCUCCAAGCAGCAGAAACCUCAGCCCCCAGUUUACUAAUGGGGAAAACCACAAUUCCAUCCAGCCAAGAGGUCCUGCAUAUGUACAGAGCAACUUUACUAGUUUCAGUUGUGGCAUCACCCUCUCAAAGAGUCAGACAACAUGUGCAAGCAGCAAUGUCAGGGCCCCAACACCAUCCAACAAAGGCUUCACCAGGGUCCAUGCAAACCUGCCUUUAGGUAGUAUUCCUUCCAGAGACACAGGAACCACCCUCACUACCUGUGAAGAGAGGAAGGAAUCUGGUGUCCAGGAUGACAUGAAUCUCCUGACAGAUGAGGAUGAAGGCCCUGGCUGCAGUAAGAACCGGAACGCCAGCCUCACCAAACGCAUUGUCAACUCAUCCGGCUAUGUGGGCGACCAUUUUAAAUGUAUGACCACGGAGCUUUAUGCAGAUUCCAGCAAGCUGAGCAGAGAGCAGAAAGCCCUCCAGCGGGCGAUGCUGCGCUUCUCUGAGCUGGAGCUGAGGGAGGAAGAGGGAGGAGAGGAUGAAGAAGAGCCGGCAGACGGCCAGCAGGGAGACGGAGGGUGGGAUGGAGAAGGAGGAGAGGAGGAGGAGGAGAGGAGGAAUAAAGAAGAGGGAGGAUGGGAGCACUGCCAGCAGAGUGAGGGGAGGCGAGGAGGAGGAGGAGGAGCAAGAACUCCCACUGCAGCCACCGCCGAGGCUCCGAGAGGUUCCCCUCCUCUUCAACAUCUACCACUUUACCACCACUCCGGCAAUCCACCUGUCCUCAAAGAGAAGAAAGACGCCUCAACGGAGAAGAAGGAAGAAGAUGAAAAAACAGGAGAAAGUGUUCAGCAAAAGAAAAAUUUAGUCUCACAGCUGGAACAACAGCGGAGGUUUCUACCGGCAGCCAGAGGCGUGUUUCAGGGAAACUCCUCCACCCUCGUGUCAAAUCCCAGCAUGGCGAUAAACCGACGGCGAAUCUUCAGCCUGGAGCCUUUCCACCAGAGCAGCAUCAUCAGCAGCCGACAGAAGAGGGGGCGGGAGGAUGAGAAGGAGGACGAGGACGGGACCAGAAACCCCAACAAGAAGGCCAAGCUCACCAGUGUUAUAACAGACUCCACUCUGGAAGACGUGAAGAAGCUGAAGGUCUGCAUCGAGUUAAACGGCCUCCGACUCAACAAGCCCCGCCUCCCAGCAGAGUUAAGCCAAUGGCUGCCCUCUGGCCAGUGGUCAGCAGAGAUGGACAGGAAGUUCAGAAUGGACCUCCCACCUAUCAAGGGGAGCUCAGAGGUCAAUGGAGGAGGGUGUGAGCCCACAUUCCUGAAAAGAGAUGGCCAGAGAGUUUUCCAGGUGACGCCGCCCUCCUCUGGCGCCCGUCUCCCCCAGCAACCGAGCAGCUCUAUUCCCAGGCCAGCGGCCUCCUCCCUUUCCUGCUCCUGCCUCCAGGACAAACAUCAGAAAUUAAAAGAAAGCCGCAGGGUUUCUUCUUCCCUUCCUCCCUCUUCGGCCUCACCUGACCCCCAUCUGUUCCGCUGCCAUGACGACAACCUCAACAAGCCGAAGGGCAAACGACCCUGCAAGAUGAAGCAUACAGGAGGAGAGACUGCGAAGGGGGAGGAGAGAGAUGAGGAGGGAUGCGACGAUGAGGAGAAGAGUGGAAAGGCCUCUCCUCCAGACCCGUCGGGCUCACCAGGCCGUCGGCCUCCAUCUCCGCAGAACACACACUCCGCUCGGCCCGUUCCUCCGGAGGUGCGGCGACUCAUCGUGAACAAAAACGCCGGAGAGACGCUGCUGCAGCGCGCCGCCCGGCUGGGAUACGAGGAGGUGGUGCUGUACUGCCUGGAGCAGCGACUCUGCGACGUUAACCACAGAGACAAUGCUGGGUACUGCGCCCUGCAUGAGGCUUGUGCCCGCGGCUGGCUGGGGAUUGUACGCCACCUGGUGGAACACGGAGCUAGCGUUAACUGCAGCGCUCAGGACGGAACCAGACCCCUUCACGAUGCCGUAGAAAACGACCAUGUGGAGGUGGUGCGUUUUCUGCUGGCCUGUGGUGCCGACCCCACCCUCACCACCUACUCCGGAAGAGGACCGCUUAACAUGACCCACAGCGCGACCAUGGAAACCUUCCUGGAAGACUAUCUGUCUGACAUCCAGGGAAGGUCGGAGGGCGAUCCUGGAAUCUACUGGGAGUUUUACAGCAGCUCGGUGUGCGAACCGUCCGGUGAACGGGGUGUUCAUAACAUUCUGGCUGACCCGCCAGGACCAGAGGAGGAUGAGGAGGAUGAUGAAGAGGAGAAUGUGGAUGAAGAGCAGCGUGCCAGGAGGGAGGUGUUUGAGUUCGAGCUGUCCGACCGACCUCUGCUCCCCUGCUACAACAUCCAGGUGUCGCUGUCGCAGGGGCCCAGGAACUGGCUCCUCCUCUCCGACGUCCUGGGCCGCCUGCGGAUGACAUCGCGCUCCUUCCGCCGCCUUUUCCCUCAGCUCAACGUGCAGUCCGUCCCCGAGGAUGAGUUCUACCGGCAGGCGUCUCUGUCACAGCUCCUGACCGGUCCUGAUGAACAGGAACUCGCCUCCUUCAGACCCGAUGUAAAGGACCCUCUGGAGCUGGUGGAGGCCACCCCCGAGCUGGCCGGCAUGCUGGGCUCCUCCCUGGAGUUCAUAGACAGUCGCAGGGACUCCCUUGAAGCUUCGCCACCCCCAUCACCAUCACCUCCAUCAUCACCAAGACCGCUUCAACACACUGCAUCAAAGUUACCUCCAGAGCUCCAGGAAACGGCAUCUGAAACUAAAGAUAGUUCUCCAGACUCCAGCUCCGGAAGGAAACAUGUGGGACGUUCUGUCCCGGCAGUUAAACUAGAUCCCAGCAUGUGGGAACCUCAGAAACAGAAAGGUAAAAAUUCCAGCACUCCCACUUCAGCAAAGCCAAGCAAGACUGCCAAUGUUAGCAUGUGGGAAACACGUAGGCAGCAUAGUCAGAAACCUGGGAUCAGCGAUUUCACUGAUCCAGACUCAAAGAUGGACUCCAGCAUAUGGGAACAAGAACGAGGAAGUAAAACCUCGGGACUCGCUCCCGUCAAAUCCGACAUGAUGGCUGGCGCUAACAUAUCGGGACAACGUCAAGGAAGUAAAACCUCGGGAUUCGCUCCCGUCAAAUCCGACACGAUGGCUGGCGCUAACAUAUCGGGACAACGUCAAGGAAGUAAAACCUCGGGAUUCGCUCCCGUCAAAUCCGACACGAUGGCUGGCGCUAACAUGUCGGGACAACGUCAAGGAAGUAAAACCUCGGGACUCGCUCCCGUCAAAUCCGACACGAUGGCUGGCGCUAACAUAUCGGGACAACGUCAAGAAAGUAAAACCUCGGGACUUGCUCCUGUCAAAUCCGACACGGUGGCUGACACUAACAUGUCAGGACAACAUCAAGGUAGUAAAACCUUGGGACUCACUUCCGUCAAAUCCGACACGGUGGCUGGCGCUAACAUGUCGGAACAACAACGGUUAAGAAGUAGGAGCACUGGGAAUUCUGAAACAAAACUGGACAGUGGAGUAUCAGAACAAGCUCGACUUCAGAGUAAGAACACCGGGAAUCAUGGUCCAUUGGAAGUUCUGUUCAAGAAUCAACAAAACAAGGCAGGCAGGGUUUUAGAUUCUUCAAAUCUACCUUCUGUGACUGAAAAACAACUGCGAAGUAAGAAUGCCACGAUAUCCAAUGCCACCAAGCCAGAUUUGAGGGACCAUCAGAGAAUGAAAAGAGCUGGUGGCACCAGCACAGCAACCAAAAGAGACACUGACCCCGAUGAGGGCCACGGCCAAGCAGGUAAGACCAUAAAGAUGGACGCUGCCUGGCAGAGGAACCUGGCCAAUGUCAGAGUCCACAUCAGGGACCUGGGGAUGAAAAUUAGUACCAUUCAAGGAGACCUGAAGAAGGAGUCUGGGAAAGUGGUGGUGAAAGGUGUCAGAACCAAAACCAGGUCAUGAGAAGAUGGAACUCCUUCAGGAAAUAAGAAACGCUGAAUCUUAAGGAGUAUGAGAACCAAACCAAGCUGCUCUGAGACUGAGAAAACCCGUAAAUGUUGUAAAUGCAGUAACCUCUGACAGACACUGUAACCGUAUUGUUUGUUUUGUGGAAACUGUAAAUAUUCUUUUUUUUAUUUAUGAGCACAGAUUUGAUGGGUCUUUGUUCUUUGUAUAUGCGGUCUGGUGUAAAUAUGAUGCUGUUUGUGUUGAUGUGGUGAGAGUUCUGGUUACCAAACUCUUACCGUCCAAUAAACAUUACAAAGAAAGAAAU